AUGGGGGAAUGGAUUGAAGGAACUUGGGAGUGGAAACUCGAGUGGGAUAGGAACUUGAGGGAGAGAGAACUGGAGCAAAUUCGAACCUUAAGGUCUUGUGUCAGUAAAAUUCGACUAAAUGCAGGUACUUUGGAUGCUUGGAGAUGGAAGGCAGCCAGUAGCGGUGUUUUCUCUGUCAAGACAGCAUAUGAGACUCUCUUUAAAAAUAGGAGAAUGUCGAAUUUGUGGGGAGUUCAAAAGGAGAUAGCCAUGAUCUGGAAAGCCAAAGUUCCAGCCAAGGUUAUCGCCACAGUUUGGAAGGUCCUUAAAGGAAGAAUCGCAACGGUUGACAACCUUCGGAGGAGACAAGUGGUGACACAUUCGGCGACUGAUUUUUGCGUCCUUUGUCAGGUGAAAGAAGAAACCAUUGAGCAUCUCUUCUUUCUUUGCCAAAAAACUGAUGAAAUUUGGAAAGAAAUCCUGAGUUGGACUGGGAACCAAGCAGCCUUUCAUUCCAAAACAAAAGCACAUUUCAAUGCUUUCGUGAAUUUGGGGAGUAAUAAGGAUGUGGACUUCUUCCUUGCUGUUUGGAUGUGUGUGAUUUGGAGCAUUUGGAAGACUCGAAACAAUUGUAUCUUCAAUCAAGGAAGUUGGAACAAAGAUAGAAUGAUGGCAGAGAUUAAGGCGAGAUUGUGGGCUUGGCGUUCGUAUUCGAACCAAACAAUGCAGGAACAAGAGUUUCGAGGUUGGUUCUCGGCUGUUAGAGGUUUGUGCUUUUAA